AUGAGUGGUUCUGACUGCAGUUCUUCCACCACAGGGGAUCGGGCCCGCUCCAGCAGCCCAGAGAUACACUGGGAGGGCAAGGCUACUCAGAAGGAUCCUCACGAUUUGAGCCAGACUCGUUUCGGCUCCCGUAUUGAUCGUACACCCUCCCCGGACUACAUCUUCGAGCGUCAUUCUCGCCACUGUGCAAGUGCCAAGACAGUGCAACUUCCUGUUCAACUCGAUGGUGCUGACUUUGAGUGCAAUAACCUAGAGUGGUGCCCAUCGCGUGUGUGGGAUUGGACAGUCUCAGUCCAGCCACCCCCUCUGGCAACGGAUCCGCGAUCGCGGAGAGUGCCACCACCGUCGCCUCCGCCCUACUCCGUGUUCCUCAUGCAGGUUCCAAGCACGGUGCCACCGCCACCGGAUUAUUUCCCAGAACCGUCAGUGGGCAGCCGAGGCCACUAUCAGGGCCGAUGUGCUGCUGCUUGCAAGUAUGUCCGCAAGGCGCGUGGCUGCAAAGAUGGCGUCAACUGCGCCCGCUGUCACAUCUGCCAGUUUUCCAGCAAAGGCGCCACAAAGAAGACGCCCAAGAUGCAGUUUGGCCGAGACGCGACACCCAGUACACGCUCAACCAGAUCGUCCACUGCCUGA